AUGUCGACUAUCCCUGCAAAGCCCGGCCUGCGCCACAGUGUGUCAGAGUGGUGCAGCAACAACCAGCAGCUGUCGGCCACAGCAGAGCACGAGCGGCGGGUGUCCAACGUGAUCCGGCAGGAGGGGAGGGCCCUGCGCAACGAGACCAGCAGCAAGACAUUCUGGGACGAGAGUGAUAACUCUGGCAGGCUGAGAGACAGAGUCCAGGAUGUUGCUCGGUGGAAGGAGGCGUUGGAGGCCUGCGCACAGGAAGUGGACAAAGAAAUGGAGGCUCUGACCCUGUGCAAAGAGCAGACGGAGCAGGCUCUGGCUGCGACCGCCGUGCCUCUGGAGGUCAGCCUGGAGUGCCUGACGCUCAGGGAGGGCCGGCGAGGCUGCGAGCUGGUCAGCGACCCGGUGGACGAGCAGCUGAGGAAGGAGGUGGAGCUGAUCGAGAGGGUGAAGCAGACUCUGCAGCAGCACAUAGACAAGGCCUUCGAGCAGCUGUGUGUUCUGCAGGAGGCCCGGCACCAGCUGACCCUUGACCUCCAGAACAAGAUGGAGGCCCUGGACAUUGACUUGGCCUGCCUGUCGCUGUCAGUGAAGUCACCUCAGAUCUCCCUGAAAACCAACCCGACUCGCAUACCCACCGGCUCCAUCACCCCGCAGGAGUGGCUCCAGUACAGCCAGCACAAUGUGGCUCGAGCCCGGGAGGCCAUGCACGUGUCCCUGCUAAUGAGGGAGGACAUGAGCCUCACCAGAGCCCAGCUGCAGAAUGAGCUGGAGACUCAGCGCCGUGCCACAGAGUUUGCCCUCCGCAAGCGCACUCACCGCGAGGAGCAGGCCCGCGAUGACCUGGAGUGGCAGCUGAGGAACACUGAGGAUGAAAUGGCAGAAAUGCAGAGCGACAUCCGCGGCCUGGACGAUGACCUGCAGGUGAAGGCGGCCUCGCUGAAGCUGGCCCACACCAGACUGGAGAACAGGACCAGCAGACCCGGCAUGGACCUGUGCAGAGACGAGGUGCAGCGUGGUCUGGUCGAUGAGGUCGGUCAGCUGGAGGCGACCGUCAAGGCUCUGACACACAAGCUGUCAGAGGCUCGACACUCCCUGCAGAGGAUGCAGCUCCAUCACUCUCGCAUGCUGCAGGAUCUUUCCAGAAAACAGGAAGCUCUGUCGCUGGAGCAGCGCAGCAUGAACACUCGCGGCCGCCUGACCUCGGCCGCCCACGCCGACAAAACGCCGGUGCUGCUGGUGCCGCUCACAAACUCCAGUGGGAGGAGCAACCUGCAGCUGCUGGCUCAGUAG